GCGAUACUUGCAGGGCUAUAAAUACGUGAGCGGCCCGUAGUCUGGUCUCUUUGAAUUCGGACUGGUGACAGGAUGUCCCACCGUAAGUUUUCGGCUCCCCGCCACGGGUCUCUGGGCUUCCUGCCCCGCAAGAGGAGUCGCCGCCACCGCGGUAAGGCCAAGAGCUUCCCCAAGGAUGACCCCAGCAAGCCCGUGCACCUGACCGCCUUCCUGGGCUACAAGGCCGGCAUGACUCACAUCGUCCGUGAGGUUGACAGACCUGGAUCAAAGGUGAACAAGAAGGAAGUGGUGGAGGCUGUGACCAUUGUGGAGACUCCUCCCAUGAUGGUGGUUGGAGUUGUUGGAUACGUCAACACUCCCCGUGGCCUGCGUUCCUUCAAGACCAUCUUCGCCGAGCACGUCAGUGACGAGUGCAAGCGUCGCUUCUACAAGAACUGGUACAAGUCUAAGAAGAAGGCUUUCACCAAGUACUGCAAGAAAUGGCAGGAUGAUGAGGGAAAGAAGCAGCUGGAGAAGGACUUUGCCACCAUGAAGAAGUACUGCCAGGUCAUCCGCAUCAUUGCCCACACACAGAUGCGUCUGCUGCCCAUCAGGCAGAAGAAGUCUCACCUCAUGGAGGUGCAGCUGAACGGGGGCUCCAUCUCUGAUAAAGUGGACUGGGCCCGUGAGAAGCUGGAGCAGGCCGUGCCCAUCACCAGCGUCUUCACCCAGGAUGAGAUGAUUGAUGUGAUUGGUGUCACAAAGGGUCACGGAUACAAGGGUGUCACCAGCCGUUGGCACACAAAGAAGCUUCCUCGUAAGACUCAUCGUGGUCUGCGUAAGGUGGCCUGUAUUGGUGCUUGGCAUCCCGCCCGUGUGGCUUUCUCUGUGGCCCGUGCCGGUCAGAAGGGUUACUUCCACCGUACAGAGAUCAACAAGAAGAUCUACAAGAUUGGCCAGGGCUACCACACCAAGGACGGAAAGCUGGUGAAGAACAACGCCUCCACAGAGUACGAUCUGUCUAACAAGAGCAUCAACCCCCUGGGUGGCUUUGUCCACUAUGGAGAUGUGACCAACGACUUUGUCAUGGUGAAGGGCUGUGUUGUGGGGACCAAGAAGAGGGUGCUGACUCUGCGCAAGUCUCUGCUGGUGCAGACCAGCCGUCGUGCUUUGGAGAAGAUUGACCUGAAGUUUAUCGACACCACUUCCAAGUUUGGGCAUGGUCGCUUCCAGACAGUGGAGGAGAAGAAGUUGUUCAUGGGACCACUCAAGAAGGACCGCGUCACCAAGGAGGAGACGGCUUAAAGUCCCAAUCAACGCACAAUGUCGCUGCUGCUCUAACGACACCAUCACUGUUCUGCAGCUAUUUAAUAAAAAAACAAACAAAA